GGUGGGUAUCAGAACGUGAUUAAGGCUGGUAUCACUCGAGGAAAAUUGAAAAUAUCUGGCAAAGACAUGGCCUCUUUUUUUGACCCUGCUGUUACGUCUAUCAUUGCUGGGCUCAAGGAUAUGUUUGAGAAUGGUGACUAUGUUGCUGAUGUAUUACUUCCGCUUUUUUUCUGUCGUACAUGUCAAACGUGUCAAUUGUUUCAUCGCAGAAAGUGAUACUUGUGGGUGGCCUCGCAAGUUCUCCUUACGUUUUUUCAAGACUUGUCGAAUGGGGGAAAGAGAAUGGUGUAUCAGUCAUCAGACCGGAUGGACCAACUGUUAAAGCUGUUGCCAAUGGCGCUCUAGCGUGGCAUAUAGAUGACACAGUGUCCUGCCGGGUAUCAAAAUAUCACUAUGGUACUGAAGUACACCUUCCAUAUGACAAGGAAGACAAAGAAGCUGUGGAUCGCACUUCGUACACUGACUGUAAGGGACAGUUGAGGGUCUGUGAUGGCUGGAGUUGUAUAGUGAAAAAGGACUGCAGCAUUGGCACGAAUGAAGAAUUUGUUCAGAGCUAUAUGUUAGAGGUUAGCGAAGGCUCUGAGGUCUUCGACCAUGAGGUGAUAAUUUUUGCAUAUCGUCGUGCAAAGCCCCAGAAAUUCAUAACACUUCCCGGUUCUUGGAAGAUGUAUCCUGGGUACGAAAAAGUAUGCACUGUAUCUGGCGAUUUACGCCGCUGUUUCCUGCUGUCACCCCGAAUGGUAUCCGUCACCAAUACAGUGUACCGGGAGGUUACCUUUGACGUUUGCAUUGUGCUUGGUGACACAGAAAUAAGUGCUCGGCUGCGCUGGAAAGAAGAUGGGAAAUUGGUUUAUGGACCUGCAAAAAUUUCUUAUGAUUGACUUGACGAUACUGCUGGAUAUAACCAUUGGCUCAUCUCACAAACAGGGUGUAUGCUCCCAAGAAAAUAUAAUGUACAUGG